UAACUUCGUAUAUGUGGCAUGUAUUAACAUAAACUCUGUAUAGUUGUUGACACAUUUUCAUAGAUUGGAUAGUUUCCACCAUAUUACAGUAAACUUCGUGUAGCUGAGAAACUUUUUUCCUUUAUUUUAUUAAUUUAUUUUUAUACUAUAAUUUGACAAAACGAUGCCGUAUUUGAAGCUUUCACUGUUCUGGUCGCUGGAGAAGAAAUAGGAAUCAGAGUAUUGUGAAUACGACGCAGGAGCUGGCGAUGGAAGGGGAGAAGCAUUUGGAAGAAACAAUUGAAUCGGCAUUUCAGAUCAUUUCCGCUAUGAAUGAUGAGCUUUGCAAUCCUUCUUCGUGGUCUACACCAGCCACCGCGAGUUCUAACGGUACGGCUAUCGUUACCGCCGACGCGGCUGCGAUUGACGGAGCACCGCAUCAUUCGGAAUCUGGUGGUGGCGGGGGCGGAGGAAGUGGGAAUAGUGCUCUGGAUGAAGCUAGUGUUCGGUAUAAGAACUCCGUGACUUCUCUUCGUGCUGUUCCCAAUUCUCAGAAGGCAAAAGCAUCUGUUAUGGAAAACGGUUUAGAAACUCCUGAAAGUGUAGAAGAAAUCGAAAAGUUAGAGGAGCAAGCUUUAAGUCUCAGACAGGAGAUCGCAAAGAAGAAUGUUCAUGUAAAAGAACUUAUCGACAAGUUUCGAGAACUUAUAGCAGAUAUCUCCACAUGGCAAAGCCCUUGUUCUGUUUGAGUCUUUUUUUCUCUUAUUUGACAAUGGUGUGAGCAGUAAGGACAAGGUGCUAAGCCUUUGUUCUUGAACUCCAACUCCUCACUUGAAACAUGAAUUUGUAUAUAUAAAUAUUUCAGACAAAAUCUUCAAACCUCUGUGUUUUCAGUUGCAUCA